GCAGAGGGCGCCGAGACCGGGCUGAGGCGGCUCCGCCUACGGCCUACAAGCGGCGGCGCGGCGGUGGCGGCAGCGGCAGGCCCGGGCCCGAGGCGCCGGCAGGACGCAGGCUAUGCUAUGACUGGCUUCAGACUCCCCAUCACUGCUUUCAGAAAACUAAAUAUCUGGUUUGGAUUGUGGGAGAAAUUCCCCUCUAAUAAACUGUAUCCCUCUUGGAGGAGAAGUUUAUUCUGUGGCUGCCAAGCAAGCACAGUAAACUACAGAAGAUGUUUCAGCUUUUCCCCAGUAAAACUCUCUGCACUAAGACUCUUUCCAGAGCACAUCUCAGUACUUCCUCUGCGGAAUAAAAGCAACAAGAGCUGUAAAAGGAGCAGGCAAAGUGUACAAGAAGAGGAAGAAGAGGAUGAAGAGGAAGAUGAUUUGGAAGAAGAAAUUGAAGAUGACCCCAAUGUAGUAAAAGAUUACAAGGAUCUUGAAAAAGUAGUGCAGUCGCUUCGCUAUGAUGUGAUCAUGAAGGCUGGGCUAGACGUUGCAAGAAAUAAAGUAGAAGAUGCAUUCUACAAUAAUGAACUCAGGCUGAAUGGAGAAAAGCUGUGGAAGAAAAGCAGAGCUGUGAAAGCUGGGGACACGCUGGAUCUCCUAAUAGGUGAAGAUAAAGAAACAGGAACUGCUGUAGUGAUGAGGGUAGUCUUAAAAAAAGUAUCUAACAAAUCUGAAAGUGACAAAUACAAAAUAAUUGUGAGGCGCUGGAAAAACUUAAAGGUGCCCAAGCAGGAUGUACUGAAGUAACAGGGGGGUUGCAUGUGGCAGCAGAUUGAUUCUUGCUGGGAACUGGACUUGUUACAUGGGAAUUUUGGUUAAACAAAACUACAGUACCCUUUUUUUUAAGGGCUCCUGUCAGAGUGUUACCUCCUUCUGCUGUGUACAUCAAUAUCCACGCCAUAAGCCUGUCACCUUUAUGGGGUUUUUUUUGCUGUUGGUUUUGUUUCAUGGUACUGUGGCUACAGAAGAUGCAACCCCUUACAUUUCCUGGCAGUUUCCUUACAGGUGUAAUAAAUAACAAGCCAAUAAAGACUCCUUGGAUCACUGUUUAA